UGGCGAGGAGCGAGGGUCAGUCGUCGUCGUCCGGUACGUGCAGUGUCUGCUGCCGGAGUCCUGCCAUGUGCGCGGUGCUCCGCCAACCCAAGAGCGUCAAGUUGCGAGCCCUACACAGCGAGUGCAAGUUCGGCAUGGCGGCCCGGAGCUGCCAGGAGCUGCUGCACAAGGGUUGCGUCCGCUUCCAGCUCCCGGUGUCCGGUUCCCGGCUGUGCUUGUACGAAGAUGGCACGGAGGUGACUGAUGACUAUUUCCCGAGGCUCCCCAAUGACGCCGAACUCCUGCUGCUCACUGCUGGCCAGACCUGGCAGGGCUAUGUGAGUGACAUCACCCGCUUCCUCAGUGUGUUUAAUGAGCAACAUGCUGGUGUCAUCCGGGCUGCGCAGCAACUGCUAUCACAUGAGCGGAACCCACUGAGGCAGAAGCUGCUGGCUGACCUUCUGCAUCAUGUCAACCAGAACAUCACUGCUGAGACCCGGGAGCAGGACCCGUCCUGGUUUGAAGGUUUGGAGUCUCGAUUCAGGAAUAAGUCUGGCUACCUGAGAUAUAGCUGUGAGAGCAGGAUCCGGGGCUACCUGAGAGAGGUGAGUGCUCACACCUCUGCGGUGGAUGCAGCGGCGCGAGAAGAAUUCGAGCGGGUCCUCAGCUCCAUGUGCCAGAAGCUCAAAUCCCAGAAGUACAAUGGCAGCUACUUUGACCGAGGUGCAGAGGCCAGUGAGCGGCUCUGUACUCCAGAAGGCUGGUUCUCCUGCCAGGGCCCCUUUGACCUGGAGAGCUGUCUUUCCAAACACUCCAUCAACCCCUAUGGCAACAGGGAGAGCCGGAUCCUCUUCAGCACCUGGAACCUGGAUCAUAUAUUUGGACCCCACCCAGCAUCAAGAGGGCGUCCGGGGGUCUGGUGUGGACUCUCCAUGAGAAAGAGUGCCCUGGCUCUGACCUCCAGGCUCCUUGGGAAAUGGAUACUGGUGUUCCCCUUCGAGUAUCUCCAGCCUUCUCUGAAUGUUCCAGCUCACGUGCUUAAUAGAGAAGAAGCGCACCGUGGUGCCCACGCUGGCGAAAGCAGUCCAGGAUGGGAGGGAGGUGAACUGGGAGUACUUCUACAGCCUGCUCUUCACGGCCAAGAACCUGAAGCUGGUGCACAUCGCCUGCCACAAGAAGACUACGCACAAGCUGCAGUGUGACCCUAGUAAGAUCUACCGGCCCCAGGCAGGAUCCAAGAAGAAGCGGCCUGCUCGCAAGCGCCCGCCGGUGACACACGCCAGGCCCUCUGAGGUGAUGCAGUGGUGAUGGGGCUAUUACCCUUACAUUUUGUCACUCUAGAAGCCCAGCCUGAGUUUUCUUUUUAAAAGCAAGUAUAUUUUAUAUGUUUUAAAAUGUUUAAAAUUUUUUACAUUUGCCAUACAUAAAAUAAAGAUUUUUCCAAAAUA